AUGGCUCCUCAUGCUGGGUUUGAUACCGACCAGAUAAAAGAGAAGUUGAAGAAAGAUCUGCUGUACUUGCUAGAGGGUGUCCGUGGAAAGAAGAACUUGGUAAUUGAGAAGGACCUGGCUGGACCAAUAGGCAUAUUCGUCAAAUUCUCGACUCUGCAGGACUACGGGGUUGACAAGGUCUUCCUGCUGGAAAAUGGCAACGCGGAUGUCAGUCAGCGAAAUGUGGUGUUCAUCGCCAGAGGGGAGUGUGCAAGGCAAGCUCAAUCAAUAGCCGACCACAUCAAGCGUAUGCAGCGCGAGAGCCAAACUGGACAUGAAUUCUCGGUAUUCUGGGUGCCUCGACGAACUCUUGUUACUGAGAAGAUCCUCGAAGAAGCGGGCGUUUUGGGCGACACGAACAUCGCUGAAUUCCCUCUCUAUUUCCUUCCCCUCGAGCAGGACUUGCUAUCUCUUGAAUUGGACGACUCGUUUGCCGACCUUUAUCUUCGGAAAGAUCCCACCCCGAUAUUUUUACUGGCACGUGCGUUAAUGCUCAUCCAGCAGAAGAAUGGUCUUUUCCCGCGAAUAACUGGGAAAGGUGACAAUGCCAAGAAGCUCGCAGAUCUGCUUGCGCGAAUGCGGCGGGAAGCGAUCGCUGGGGAAGAUUCCAAUGAAAGCAACAAGCUAGGCCUUACGCCGAGCACGACUAUCGAAAGUUUGAUUGUCAUCGAUCGCGAAGUCGACUACACUACUCCGCUACUCACUCAAUUAACAUACGAGGGAUUGAUAGAUGAGGUUGUGGGGAUUCAAAACAAUCAAGCCGAGGUUGAUUCGUCUAUUGUGGGAGCUGCUCCUCAGCCUCCACCAGGAUCAUCGAAAGCUGUGGGUGCGGCACCCGCACAAGCAAAGAAGAGAAAGAUUUUACUAGAUUCUUCAGACAAGCUGUACCACCAGCUAAGAGACGCCAAUUUUGCGAUUGUUGGCGGUUUACUGAACAAGGUGGCCAAACGCCUGCAGACGGAUUACGAAAGUCGGCAUGGUACCAAGAAUACGGCAGAACUUCGAGAAUUCGUGAACAAACUCCCGGGUUAUCAAGCCGAGCAACAAAGCUUAAAGAUCCAUACUGGGCUCGCGGAAGAGAUUACGAGGCAUACUCGCACUGAUCAGUUCAGUAGGUUGCUUGAGGUGCAGCAAAACCUCGCAGCAGGUGCCGAUCCAGCCUCUCAACAUGAUUCAAUUGAGGAGCUUGUUGCUAGAGAUGCGCCUCUCAUAGAUGUCUUGCGAAUUUUGUGUCUAGAAUCUUGUAUUAGUGGUGGCAUCAAACCCCGCGAAUUGGAGAAUUUCAAGAAAAUGAUCCUGCAGGCGUACGGCUACCAGCACAUACUCACGCUUGACGCCCUCGAAAAGCUUCAGCUCCUCCUUUCGCGAACAUCUCCCAUGGCUACAAUGAUCCCGAUGUCAGGAGGUGGGGUGCAUACUGGCACGAAGACGAAUUACACAUAUUUGCGCAAAGCUCUUCGCUUGAUAGUGGACGAAGUCAAUGAGCAGGAUCCAAAUGACAUUGCGUAUGUUUACAGCGGCUAUGCGCCAUUGUCGGUGCGCUUGGUUCAAUGUAUCCUACAGAAGCAAUAUUUGACGUCGAUCACUCGAGGCGGACAUGCAAACAAUGCUGGCGUGGUCACUGGUGGAGCAGCACAAGGCUGGCGGGGUUUCGAGGAAGCCGUUAAGCAUGUCCGCGGACAGACAUUUGACGAAAUGCAGAAGGGGGAGGACAAAGCCGUCAAGGCUAGAGCUCUUCUCACUGGUAGCGGGGAUAAGAAGACCGUUCUCGUAGUCUUCGUAGGUGGCAUAACCUUCACCGAGAUCGCUGCUCUGAGAUUCAUUGCCAAAAAGGAAGAAGCACGAAAACAAAUAGUGAUAUGUACGACUUCGAUAAUUAGUGGAAACAAGAUGAUGGAUGCGGCGAUUGAGAAGGGUUCCUUUGGGAAGAACAGUAUAUAG